UUAUUAGACAAUGAUGGACCAAAGUUAGUUUCAUUAGAGAAGCUAAAGCAAAGUAUCGAUAAUUAUUAGAAAUCGUAAAGCUAAAUUCACGAAGUUUCAGAAAUAAAUUAAAAGCUUGGAAGUGCGAGCAAAAAAUUGAUGUUCCGUUUGUUGAUUAGAAAUGCGGAUGCAGUGGAACGAUAAGGCACGUUUUAUUAAAACGUGUUUAAUAUCGCAGCAAUGUCGAUUGAGAGGAUCUUCAUUCAUAGUUUUGUGGUCGAGAGUGACAUAAAUAGUCCUAUCACAGCUGAAUCGAUCGAAUAUCUGAGCCUGCGUGUUAACGGAGGCGCCAUGCGACUUCUCCAAUUUCAGCGUCCGUCGUGAUUUCGUUUGUCGCAGUUCACGUUUUCUUACAACAAGUUGUGUAUCAAAUAUUAGUGCAUUUCAACUGAAAUAAUCCCUCAAAUCAAAAUGCCGUCGGUUCGCCGGAUGAUCCUGGGACACGUCGUGUCUGGCUUGUGUAGUAAAAUGAAUCGUACGAAAAAACUUCAAGGUGAUUUGCUCGAGACACCCAUGAAACGAUGCCUUUCCACCUUCGAUAUUACGUUGCUCGGUGUGGGUCAUAUGGUUGGCGCUGGAAUCUACGUUCUGACAGGAACGGUAGCCCACAACACGGCUGGUCCAGGUGUUAUUUUAAGCUUCCUACUCGCCGGUUUAGCUUCCUUGUUGGCGGCAUUGUGCUAUGCGGAAUUCGGAGCGCGAAUUCCAAAAGCUGGUAGCGCUUACGUUUACACGUACAUUUCUGUCGGUGAAUUUUGGGCUUUCGUUAUCGGAUGGAACAUCAUAUUGGAGCACAUGAUAGGAGCCGCAUCGGUGGCCAGAGCUUGGAGCGGAUACGUUGAUUCUUUGGCGGGAGGAUCUAUUAACAAUUACACCCGUCACAUAAUGCACGGGUAUACCAUGGGAGAACCGUUCGGAAACAUUCCCGAUUUACUUGCCGCAGGAUUGUGUCUUGCUUACGCGAUGUUACUGGCAUUAGGGGUGAAAUGUUCAGCGACAGUUAAUUCUUUACUCACUAUCGUAAAUCUCGCUGUAAUGGCGCUGGUGAUCGGUUUGGGAGUUUAUUACGCUGAUCUUUCUAACUGGAGCAGCCAGAACGGAGGCUUCCUACCGUUUGGUUUCGGGGGUGUGCUAGCAGGCGCUGCAACGUGUUUCUACGCUUUCGUGGGCUUUGAUUCGAUCGCAACUUCCGGCGAAGAAGCUCGCGACCCAGGGCACAGUAUACCGCGAGCGACUCUUUUAUCCAUGGCGAUCGUAACCAUCGGAUACGUGAUGGUCGGCGCCGCUCUAACUCUGGUCGUACCAUUUUGGAACAUCAAUCCAGCGGCAGCACUUCCGGAAGCGUUUUCUUCGAGGGGAAUACCAUGGGCCAAAUACGUGAUAAGUGUUGGGGCUUUGUGCGGAAUGACGACAACUCUUUUCGGAUCCCUGUUCUCCUUGCCGCGAACAAUGUACGCGAUGGCGAACGAUGGUCUUCUCUUUGGUUUUCUGGGCCACGUAAGCGAACGUACGCAAGUCCCGGUUCUCAAUUUGGCCAUCAGCGGUUCCGUCAGUGCCUUAAUCGCUUUGCUCUUCGACCUUCAACAUCUGGUCGAAUUCAUGUCGAUCGGUACCUUCCUGGCCUACACCAUUGUCUCGGCAAGCGUGAUUAUUUUGAGAUAUCGUCCUGAGAAGAACACAGUUGCGUCUUCGAACGCUGGUACACCGAGUAGUUUGACAUCACCACCUACGGAGGGUGCCGAUUCCAAUAGCGAUUGUAAUAGUAUCACGUCCGCGGAAUCCGAGUUAUUGGACAUCAGCGCGGGUGUUGGUAAACUGAAACCACGAUACGCCUGGUUGGCCAACUUUUUAGGUAACUGCAAACCAGGAAACGCAGUGGCAGGAUCCGUGAUGAUUUACACGGUUGGAUGCAUUUCCCUUUGUCCUCUGUUGAUAUUAAUAUCUGAAACGUACUUUGCCCCAGCAUGGUGGGACUACUUUGUUAUGGCAAACGUUGUUCUGUUAUUGAUAGGAAGUUUGCUCGUCAUCGCUGCGCAUCAACAGAAUCCUCCCACUGGUAAAUUUCGCGUACCUAUGGUACCAUUGGUACCAGCUUUAAGUAUUUUAUUCAACGUUGGACUGAUGUUCCACUUGUCGCUUUUAACUUGGUUACGAUUCCUUGUAUGGAUGAUCGUUGGCAUGUUGAUAUACUUCUUGUACGGGAUUCACUACAGCAAAGAAGCCGCUAGUCCAAAUUCGUAUUCGAUUUUAAUGGCAACCUCGGAAGCUGGAAGGGGUGCCAAGUGGGGCGCCACAUUGCGCGUUAAUCAGAAAAGCGACAAAGUCCCAAUUUUGAACGAAGAGGAUUUUGUACAUUAGAAAAAGGUAGCGUUCAUCGGAAAGUAUUUCAAGAUAUGCCAAUCGACGCUGGAUGUAAGUAUAUUGUGUGAUGUAGAAAGGUAAGAAAAGUUAUUGUAUAUUAUGACCAUCAGUUUCUCGCGAUCAACGUUUUCACAGUUCUUUGUACAUACAUACAAACGUUGGAUAAAUCAAGCUAUACUUCCCUUUCGUGAACGUCGAAGGGAUUUCAGAAUAGACAAGACUGUGUUUUAGUAUUUAUCUUAAUUAGGUUUUCGAUAGAUCGUCGUGUUACGUUUGCAACACGUUAAGAUUUAGUUUGAAAAUGCUCUGUCUUCUUUAUAUUUUACUACGCACAAGUCGAUGGUGUGUGCCAUUUUUUCUGUUCGUAUUUUAACAAAUGUACAUUGAUUCUCGAUAUGCCUACCAAUGUACAUUGAUUAUAAAUUUACGUGUUGAUAUACAUACAUAGAUAAAUGAGUGAAAUACAAAGUUCAUCCGGUGAUAUAUGUAUGUAGCGUGUAAAAUAGCAGCAUUCAACUGACAUUGACAAGGGGAACUACCCAAGUGUUACACUCACUUUCUACAAGCUGGCAAAGUUUCAUUAAUAAGUGAGUGUAACACUUGGGUAAGUUCUCCGUAUAAAGGAAAACGUUACUUUAUUAACAAUUUGCUCUUUAAAUACGGUCUGAAAUCUGAUCUGUCAAAUUCGAAAACAUUGCACAGUGGAACAUAUGUAUUCGAAGAUGUGUAAAGCGGAAAGGAAAAGAUCAGAUUUUUAAAAGAGCAUGUAAACUGAUCGUCUAUUUGAAGAAAAUUUAAACCUUUUGCUGCGAGGAUCGAAACAUGGUGCCUUGGGAACGGAUAGAUUAUUUAUACAGUAAGAUAUACGAAUCUAAAAGCAAGACAAUAGAUUCGCCUAUUAUACGGCGGAUAUUAACGAUAAGUUUAAGAUUACCUAUAUACGGAUUUGCUAAGCACACGAAUUGCCCAAACGCAUCAUCAUGAUCGAUACGUGUUCUGGGAUGAUUUCUUCCUUAACGAAUCUCUUGUAAGAUUAGAGAAAAUUCGUUGUAAUUAUUAUUUAACUGCCUUUAGACACAAAAUUUGAACCACAAAGUACAAUUAAAUCAACUUGUUCUAUAACGUAAAUCAUCUCUGGAAUUAACCGUUCCUAAUCCACCAAUUUAUUCGCGAUCUCCUUACGUUGAACAUACCAAAAGAACCACUUUUGACGCCAAACAAAUAUUGAGUAAUACAUCGCGUUGUACCUUAAAUUACCGUUUCUGUGUGAUAUAUAUAUAUAUUAUAUAUGGAUGUAUAUUGUCUUCAGUUCUUCAGCUAAGCAGAUCCAGCAAGGAUCGGUUACCGUAGAAAAUAAUAUAAUCGGUGUUACAUAAGAAAGUAUACGUAUAUUGAUAUAUUAAUGGUGGUUACUACCGUCAAAGUGCCGUAGAUGUUAUAUAGAUGACCAUUUAUUAUAGCUAAACAUCGUAACCACGUUGAACGUAUGAUUGAACGCCAAUGAUUAUCGCUUUGAAACGAUAAUCAAUCGAAUAAUUUACACUUUUUUCAGAUGCAAAGAAACGUUUUAAAUACAUAUCGUUUAAUGUAAAAAGUUAUCGCAGAGCAACAGUAUAUAUAUAGUAACCUGAUAUUUUCUUGUUUUUGAAUGUUGUUUAAUAUAUUCAUAAUUGUCUUACGGUGUUAUUUGAAACGUUUCUUUCGGUAUUAAAAAAUGUAACAUUAAUUGGAUAAAUCGUGCAAAGUUUACUCCUGUAUAAAUUAGAGAGUAUGUAUACACGUUCAAAACCGAUACGUUACCUUCAACAUAUAAUUAAAAUUUGUUGGCGCACAAUUUCAAGUAUAUAAAUACGUACAAAAUUACCGCAAUAAAUAAAUGCAUACACGCUGCGAUCGCACACAAGCGUUCACGCGCAAAUCUACAUGCAAUUAAAAUUCGAAUAACUGCAAUCAAGCACUAUACGUGGUUAUCGAGUGCAAGAAAUUGUGUAUAAAAAAAUGGUACCAAAAUUAUUUGUCGGUGUAGGUACUGUAUGUCUUCUAAUACACAAAUAUUUAACAAAGAAAAGACUUAUGAUUUUUCUACCGUUAAUUAAUAGUUCGUGUUAUUAGCAAUCAUAGACUUUAAAAACAUGCAAAUUCCUAACUAACGAUUAUUCUUU